AUGGCUCGAAAACCACGAUACUCUAUGAGGGUUCAAUCGACACCAUCUGAUAUCCCUGCAUCUUCUCCAGUGCCUAAUGCAGCUGGUUUAACAGCCCAAAGUGCUCCUUUACUGAAUGAAAGCCCAUCUAAUUUUAUGGGUAAUCAAUCACCUUUAACUGAUGAAGAAAUUGAUAUGGUGGAACCAACAAAUGAACCACAUGAAAUACCUAAUGCAAGUUCCCAAUCUGCUGUUAAGAAAAAAUCCCCCAAAUAUUGGACCGUUGAUGUCAUAGAUGAUAACGGAGUAAAAAGGGAGCGUCACUUGCGUAUUCAGGAUUUGCUUGUGCUUCCUGACAAUCAUAAGGUCAUAUUAGAAUGGAAUGACAAUGGCCAACCAAUUCAAGAAUCUGGUGGCUUGUAUGGUGUAUAUUCAGGUUCAAUUGCUGCUGAUUGUCAUAACUUCCCAAUCAUCUAUCUGAAAUGGCCACAUGUUCCAAGCUUUCACAAAGAGCUUGUCUGGGAAAACCUUCUCAAAGCUAAGUUUGAUGUCAACGAUGGAGAUCAUAAAAAGUGGAUAAUGAUGGACCUCGGAAAGAAAUGGAAGGACAACAGAUCAAGGCUGUGGCACAUGUUUAAGAAUUCUGAUAUGUCCUUCGAGGAAAGUAUUGAGAGAUGCCCAAUGGGAAUUCCAAGAGAACAGUGGGCUUCUUUUUUGAAGUACAGAUUCGAGAAAAGAACAAUGGAAAUUGCUGAAAAGAAUACUGCCAACAGGGAAAAGCUAACAAUUCCACACACUUUAGGCUCAAAGUCUAUUGCAAGAAGAAAAAGAGAGCUGGAAAUUGAAAAAGGUAAGCCUAUCAGUAGAGCGGAAAUGUAUGGCUAUUCACAUCUGAAAAAAGAUGGUACAUUUGUGAAUGAAGAGGCUAUGGAGAAAAAUGUGUUUGGGAAGGAGCACCCUGGACGUGUACGGGGUAUGGGAUUUGGGGUCUGCCCUUCCCAAAUUUUUAAACGUCAUUGUAGUUCUGGGGCAUCUUCCUCAACAUCUAGAGAUAAUGAAAUUAGAGAGUUGAAAUCUAAAGUUCAAUCUUUGGAGGAAGCAUUGGCUUUUGUGGUACGUAGCUUUGGGGGUCAAAUGCCCCCUGGUUUUGCAUCAAAUGGAUUGCAACAGUUGGAAUUCCAUCACAUGUCUACAAUUGCUCAUAUUCAAACUGUACGAACGUAG